AUGUAUAACUAUCGAUUGUCCCUGCCAAACAUCGAUAGGAUCGAAGUUUUGAUAACAUCGAUGUUGUCAUCGAUGUCUCUCCACCUGUAAUACUAAUAUCAACAAAUUCACAGCUGUGGAGGACAUAAUGCCGCGGAAUAAAAAAGCAAUGACAACAACAUAUUGGAGCAAUGAAGAACCUGUUUCAAAGAAAGCGUAUUUUGUGUGGACGCCGGAUGCUACAGAAUGCCUUUUGGAAAUGUGGAUGGAAAACCUUCCCGAUUUUUAUGGAAGUCGCAAAAACUCUCAUAUCAUGAGAGAAAUGGCGGCUUCCAUGAAGGAUGACGGAAUUACUAUGGUUGAGGUAAAAGCAAAAAUGGACAACAUGAAGAAAAGAUACCGCAAGGAAUUACAAACGCUUAGUUCAUCAGAUACUAAACGCUCUAAAUGGGAGUAUUUUUGCCAAAUGCGGCAUAUUAUGGAGUACAAUGACUAUGAGUUCGAAAGCGAUGCAGAUAGCAUGCCAAAGUGGAGCUAUAAAGAAAGCAUACCUGUUCAAAAGAAAUCACCUAAUGAACUACAAUCCGAUAAUGAAGCUUCAGAUUCAUCCAUUGAAUUUGAGUUCCCUGAGCCAGAAGUUAAUCGCUAUAACAGCAAACGGUCGCAUGCUGAGGUGAGUGAUGACAGCAAAGAUGAAAUUCCAUCAAAAAACUUGCGUUUGGAGAGCAAUUUCUCUGAAGGUAAAGCAACUGAAAGCAUCCAUUCGGAAAAUGAAUCAGAUUCGACAGUGGAAUUUGUUUUACCCGAACUCAGCUCUAAGCGCUAUAAGCGCAAACGGACCAAAGCUGUGGGAGAAGAAAUGUUGGCCCUUCAAAGAGAAACCCUCGACGUCCUGCGAAAUAUUGCAAAAGACCUUUCCAGUUUUCAUGAAAAGUUCUUAAAUGCACUCAAACCCAUGCAUCAGCGACGCUCUUCAUAGUUAUAUUAAGUUAUUUAAGGAAUACUUUUAGUGGUUAUGACUUUCUUUUGUGAAAUGCAAAUAAUUGCAAUGAAUUAUGUUAUGUUUUGUCUUAACUUUCGAAAGGUUAUUAUUUAAACCACU